CACCGCCCCCUCCCCAUCCGCGCCGCAACGAACAAUUGAUAGGCAGUGCCCGCACGCAGGCCGAUUGGGCCGACGCCUCACGGUGGGCGUCGCCCGCACGUCGAAUCGCUCGUGCCCCAACAUGCCGCCGCGAUCCGCCGCACAUCCCGUGUCCGGUGGUUCAGUUGUCAAACGCCGACCGAAACAAUAAGGUGCGCGUGACCGGGUGCGUUCACGGAUUAUUACUCUUUUGGGGCAGUGCGUAUAACACGUUGGUUCGCGUUGCGGGCAUUCGGAACAUGUAAUAAAAAUAUGGUGGUACCCCGUGGUUCCGUUCCGAAGGAGUGCGUAGCGGCGAAAAUGAUAAUGGCCCAUACGCCGUUGAAGUCGUUCAGCAUCAAUUCCCUGUUGCCGGAGACGGUGGUGGAUGCGGGCAGUACGACGCCCGACGACGACGACACGUCGAAGCUGGAGGCGCAUUCGGAUCAGGACGUGGACGUUGGCAGCGAUUGCGAGUCGGAGGAUCUGGACGUGACCGGCACCACACCGCCGUUGGAUUGUUCGGGGAAGUCGAACGACGACGAGAAGGAAAGCGAAGCUGAUGGCAAGGAAAAGAAGGGCAACGAGAAACCACCCUACAGCUACAACGCCCUAAUAAUGAUGGCGAUAAGAAACAGUCCAGACAAGAGACUAACCCUAAACGGAAUUUACGAGUACAUAAUGCGCAACUUUCCGUACUACCGCGAAAACAAACAGGGCUGGCAGAACUCGAUCAGGCACAACCUGAGCCUGAACAAGUGUUUCGUGAAAGUGCCCAGACACUACGACGACCCCGGAAAGGGCAACUACUGGAUGCUCGAUCAAUCGGCCGAAGACGUUUUCAUCGGCGGCACCACCGGAAAGCUGAGGCGAAGAUCGACGGCCGCCUCCCGAUCCAGACUUGCGGCUUUCAAGAGAACAUUGUCGAUGUACUCUCCGCUACAGCAGUGCUACCCGCCUUUCUACCAGCCGAAUCCGGCUCUCCUCGCCGCCUACUCCAGGUACAAUCCGUUCCUGCACGCCGCCCCCAGUCCGGCCGGCCUGCUGCCGCGGCCCUCGCCCAUCCAACCCACCCCCUUCGGAAUGGACAAGCUGCUGCAGCCGUCCGCGGUCGACGUGGCGGCUUCGCCGUUCUUCCGGCCGCCCCAGUCUAUACUGGAGAUGUACAACAACUUGAGGUUCUCGAGUCCGUUGCAGUACCCGUUGCAGCUGCCGAUUCCCAAUUUGCCGGCGCAAGGUAUGAACCUGUCGGUUUCGAGCUGCGCCAGCAGUCCCGAUUCCAGGCCCAGUCCGGAGGGGCUGCUGAAACCGGUGACCGUUAUCAGGAACAAUCAGUGAUGAUGAUUGCUGGUGGCUUUUGGUGGGAAACCCAGAUGUAAAUGUUUCGGUUUUUGUUGUUGAUGGGUGGGUUGGAGGUAUUGAAUGCGACGGUGUACAGAACAACGAUGUUUAAGGGAGAUUCAAGAAGGAAUGAUCAUAUUUAUCACUUAAAUGCCUUAAACUUAAAUACGUAGGUGUAAUCGCAAAGUAUUUUCGUGUAUAAACUAUAUAUGACGACAUUUUGCUUCGCUUUUGAACGCAAACGAGAGUUUUAAAAUGUACGCUUAAAUGAGUUUCAAUUAAACAGUUAAUUGAAACCUUCAUGAAUCGUUAAAAGUUUAUGAUGAUGGAUAUUUUCUUUUUAUAUUUGCGGUUAAUGUUUUUAACCUUAUUUAUAAAUUAAACUUAUUUAUUAUUAUGGUAUACUUCAGAAGCAAAGCAAAAUUAAAUGUGUAUAUAAUUUUGAAGAAAAGGAGUGUACGAUUUUAGAAAAAAAAAUAGUGCAAUUUUGUACAUAUGUAAAUGUUUUAUCACUUUUGCCGCUUUUGUGUAAAAUAUUGACUCGUGGAACAAUUAUGCUGUUACUAAUAAAUUAAAUAUUGAGCACAAAAAAUAGUACAAUGAAUUUAGUAUCAAACUUAUACUUAUUUUUGAAUAUUUUUAAUAUGGGAUUUUAGUUAGAUUUACUAAUAAAAAUAAAUUACUAAAGUAGAAAAUAAUUAUAUGAGCUAAAAAUUAUUUAUUUAGUUAUUUUUCUCAGAAACAACUCUCAGAUUUCAUGGUAAGAUUGGACUUAUUGAUAAGUAAUUUUUCAUUCAGCACUUUUUCAACAAAUUAUUCAAUUUUUAACAUAUUUUUUAGCCAUUUUUAAAAUUUUAUUAAACCUCAAACUUUUCCAAUUAUUUUCAUUUUUAUUAAUUUCACCAAAAUCUAAAUAAAUAAUUUUUGGAAUAAAUUAAUAAAUGAUAAAAUUGUUUCACGCUUCAAUAAUAUGUUAGAUUUGAUGUACAAUUUAAUUGGUCGCAUUGGUCACAUUGUAUUCAACUUGGCAAAAAAAUCCUGUAAUUUAUUUGUAAAUAUACAUAUUUAUUGUAAGCAUUGAUUUAACUGUCCUCAGUGAUUCUGUAUAUACGUGUACGUGAUUUCAGAGUGCGAUUUUAAUGUGUCGCCGCCGACGUGUGAACGACAACGGUUUUAAUUUGUUUUGUAAUAUACUGUUAAAAUUAGUAGAAUUUUUAAUAAAUUGUUUUUUAGUA